CGUACUGGGAUUUACUCGUCCCGUCGUGGCAGAGCCGUGCCCGGGCCCGUCCCGAGCCGUGCCCGGUACCGUCGCCGUCCCCGAGCCGCGCCCGGUGCCGCGGCCACCGCGCUCCGCUCCGCUUCCCCCCCCGCCCCGGCUCCGCGCAAGAUGCGCCGGGCGCUGCUCCGCGCGCCCCGACGGCGCUGCCUCCCGCUUCUGCUGCUGGUGGUCACGGAGAUUCUUUUGAGAAUAGAUGCAGCAGCACUGAAUAAGAGGGACCCAAGCAGGGGAGGGGAAGAGUUUUACCAAGUCCAAGACAGAGACCACUAUUGCAAGAAGUGCCCCGCGGGCACUUACGUUGCAGAGCACUGUGAAGAGCAAAAUGGCUCCAGCAAGUGCUUGCCAUGUAAAGAAGAUGAAUACAUCGAGUAUCCAAAUGACUUUCCCAAGUGCCUUGGGUGCCGGACGUGUAGGGAAGAUCAGGUGGAGCUGAGUCCCUGCCAGGCGGUGAGGGACACGCAGUGCGCCUGCAGGAACGGCACUUUCUGCUCCCCGGACCACCCCUGCGAGAUGUGCCAGAAGUGCCGGCCCCGGUGUCCCAAGGAUGAAGUGGAGCUGGCUCCCUGCACCCCACACAGCGACCGCCAGUGCGGUCCCCCCACCACCACCUCCAGCACCUCUAACAACUUGAUCAUGGCCGCCUCAGUGGCCUGCUUUGUUGUGCUGCUGGUGGUGCUCAUCUGGGUCGUCAGGAAGUACUGCUGCUGCCGUUCCCCAGGGGAUGGGAGAGACCUGAGUGGGAAGUCCUGCAGCGUGGUGGACUACGUGGUGCGGCAGCUGACGAGGUACCAGAGGGGGGGCCUGGGGACACAGGACAACAUCCGCAACGAGCAGUACUGGGAUCAGCUGCUCCCCAGGGCGUCGGGUUCGGUGACUCCCAGCGCUCCGGGGCCGGAGGUGAUGGUGCCGAGGACCUCAGAUCCCAGUGUGAAACCCAGGAGGAAUCUGGUUCCAGUGCAAGGAAAAGACCCCGUUACCAUUUUGCGACGCUCUUUUGACAUCUUUGCCCGAGAUGUGCCCUACAAGGACUGGAAGAGAUACGGCCGAGCCCUUGAUCUGCUGGAGAACGACAUUGUCCUCGCGGAGAUGAACGACAGGUAUUCACUGGAGCCCUUCUUCCAGAUGCUCAACACGUGGCAGAACAGAGAAGGGAUGAACGCCUCUGUGAACACGCUGCUGGAGACCCUGCACCAGAUCAAUCUCGGAGGGAUUGCAGAGGACAUCUCCUCCAAGCUAGUCCAGCAGGGAUAUUUCCAAUACGAAGUGAGCUGAGGAGCAGGGCAAGCCCUGCAUCUUCCUACUUUAAGCUGCAGACACGAAUACCUCUAAGAAAACUUGAGUUUUGUCUUUUUAUAGCUCUCCUUUGGCGCUUUUCUUUUUGAAGCCAUUGUACAGUUCAGCUGAGCCCAGAGGAGUUGAUCCUCUCAUGAAGCACAAACCUCAUGGUCCUCUCUGCCAAAACUGUGGGCUCGAUGUUGGUGCUUCCUUGUGAAAUCCAAACUGACGCCUUGAUUUCACUGGAUCAAUGCAAAGAGCCUAAAACUACUGCAAGCUGCUUCCAGGACUGUCUCACUUGGAAG